AUGGCCACCAUUACAACGGUGCUAGGGGUACCGCUGGCACUGCUGCUGGUUGGCACCAAGAACACUCCCGAGGUUUGCAACCGCGGCGUCUUUUCGGGGCCAACCAUCGCAAUCGGCCUCUUCCUCCUGGCCAUCAACAUCUUGGGUUUCUGCUGCCGGAAGCACGGCGAGGGCACCCUCCACGGCUGCCACUCCGUCGGCUCGUCCAUUGCGAUCCUCGCCAUCGUCGGCUUCGUCGUCUUCGGCUAUGUUGCCGUCGGAGGCAUCGACCUCGGCUCUCUGACGGUCCGCACCUACAAACUCGAUGACUACGGUGGGUGGCUCAGGGGUCGCGUGGACGACCCGCGGUACUGGGCAACAACCAGUGCGUGCCUCCGUGACGAUAAACAUGUAUGCGAUGGCGUGAGGGUGAGGCAGCCGGUGAUACUACACAACCCAAGAUCCGGCAUGCUCGUCCGCGAGCUAUCCUCCUAUCAAGGCCCGGUGAAGGAAUACCGUGUAAUGUUGCCAAUCGAGGUUGGAUGCUGCAUGCCACCACGAUCAUGUGCAUCCACAUAUAUGAAUGGGACGGCGCAGACAGCAACACCAAGCCCAAGCGUCGCCCCUGCCGCCAUGGUAACCAACGAUGACUGCAGCAGGUGGAGCAACGACGAAGAAACACUCUGCUUCCAGUGUGACUCAUGCAAGGCAGUCUUCCUCGACGACACCAAGAAGGCCUGGAAUGCCUUUGCUGGGAUUCCCAUUAUCUGUUUGAUCAUCCUCAUUUGUACAUGUUCAUGUUGUCCUAGGAAUCUGGAUUAA